CACAUCUCUACUCACUGCCUGUAGACAUGUGGCUGGUUCUUCUCCUCCUGCUGUGUCUGAGCCCUGCAGCCCUGAACCAGGAGACUGGCAGCUGCUCCCAACCCCAGCCCCUCUGCUGCCUUGGAACAAAUGACCACUGCAAGAGAGGAAGCUGUUACUGCGAUGAAUUCUGCCAUGUGCUAGCAGACUGCUGCCCAGACCGCCAUUCCCUCUGCAACCUCGAUAAAUCACAUGCAGGCUCUUGUCCACCCCAGGCAGAGCCGAAUGCUGUGAUUGACAGAGCUUCUCAGAAUACCAAGAUGGUGCUGCAGAUGGUGCUGAGGACAGAGAACCCACCAAGCCCUGCCAGAAGCAAUUUAGACUGGAUGCAGAACAUGGUCCAGGAGCUUCUCCAAACCAGCCUCCCAGGGAUGCUCCUCUCCGUCUCUGUGAAGGGAAUCAAGAAGAAAGCCUGACACAUCCCCUGAAGCUCCUCCCCGGGGCCGUGGAGCAGAGCUCACCAUGCCCACCUGAGCCUGCUGGGCCUGGUGGCGCUUGCCCUCUCAGCUGCCAUCCUGUGUGCUUCUACAUUCGUUCAACCAGAGGAAAACAGAAAUCUGCAAUUGUUGUAAACACAUUUAAAUGUGCAUAGACUCAGCCAUACAAAUGAUAAAACAUUAAGUUGGUACAAUCAUUGUUUUGUGACGGUUACAGUGAAUCUAGCAAACAUUUCUUCAAAGUAGAAAGUAAGAACCUAGCAUCCCUUUGGCUAAGUAAUUCAUGCUCCUCUUUUCAAUAUUCCUUCCCAGGCACCAUAUUAUUGUCUGUAAGUCCCGCAAUAGCUUGGUCUGAGUCCUGUAACCUCAUACCCACCUCCCUCUUCCCAGGGUGAAAGGAGAGGCAGAGGACCUUCCUCUGGUGGGCUGGAACUGGUCUCCCAGAGGUCUCUUCUUGUGAGGAUUUCAAAGCUCCAAGAGGGUGAUACCAGGGGGCUUUGGGGCCUGCUGAGCCCAUCACCUUCCCUCCCAGACCUGCUCUUCCUCCUGUUCUGUGAAUGGUUCUCUGCCCUACGGCUUCCUGGACUCUAGACAUCAAGCUCAUUUUUUAGGUUUCUCUGCCCCUGGCCUUCCUCUGCAAAGUGCCAAGUCUUUCUAGUUCUACUUUACAACAUGGUUUACAUCUGCUCCCCUUUUAGUCCACUGCCAAAGUCCCAGGUCACAGACUCCUGACUGGGCCUUUAGCCCUGGACUUUCCCCAAACAGGUCUCUGCCCACAUUGUACUGCCCAAAGCAGAGCUCUGGUGUUGCUAGUUCCCUACUCAAAAACCAUCCCUGCCUUCCUGUCAUCUCCAGAACAAAGGCCAACCUUCCACUCAUGGUGUGCAAUGUCCCCCACAACACAGUCCCAAGACACAUUUUGGAUUUGUCUCCUGCUGGUCCCCUUCCCUUCUCUAUGUUCCAACUGAAUGGAAAGACGCAUUAACCCCAUCCAAGCCUCACUCUAAACCCUUGCUAAUCUGAACACUGGUUUCUAAGUAAAUGAUUAUAGCAUAGGAGGUCCUAUCAGGACAGAGCCCAGUUAUUGGCUAAGGGGUCUGUUUUAGUUUAGUUUCUCUGAAAGCAGAACCUAAAUAAUUUAUUUAGGAACACAAUCCCAAGGAGUAGGGUUGACAGAAAGGGGCAGUGAAGCUGGGAACAAGGGAGAGCCAGUACAAAGAUGUGUUGCCCAGCUGACCCCUUUGUCUGACUGGUGGUUGGAUCCUGUGGGACCUUCUAAGAAGUCUUAUGAAAUGUGCUUGAGAGCCACCUGUCUCAGAUGGCAUCAGUCCAUCAACUCCCAUUUCCAUGGUUUAUGGGUUGAUCUAUAGGUGGCUAACUCUCCCAGUUCUUAGUUGCUGGUGUGUGAGAGCUGAGCAGCUCCCAGAAGCCUUCCAAGCUUUGGUGUCAGGGAAACCCUAGGGCAGAGAGCAAAUGGCACAUGGCAAGACACUUCCUGGUCACUCCUGGGAAAUUGGUCUCUGCAGCAGUGGCUGGAGUAGGAUGUGAGGCCAAGAGGACUUGAAGUGAUGCACAAAAGGGAUCCCUCCCGCAGGCUUUCAGAAACACUUGUUUCUUGCCUUCAGCUCUUCCAGGUGCAGCCUCUCCUACCCAGGGACAAAGAAGCCUGGGGGAGAGACAGCCCUGGGCCCUGCUUGGGUGAGCCCCACUCAUGCUUCCAGAGCCUGAGAUUUCCCUUCCUUGCCAUUAGGUUUUUCAGGCAGGGCCCUGAGGCGUGGCCUGUCUGGUUGGGAUCAUCCUGUGGGCCUUGUAGAGAGCCCAGAGAUGCUGACUUGUGGGCUCAUUGCCCUCUCUUGGCUCAGUGCUUAUUCUCCUUCCAAAUGCCCAGAAACUACAUCUCCUCCUUCUUCUGUCUCCCCUACAUCAUCCCCCUACCCCAGUCUGUAUCCCCAGAGUUAGGUGUAUCCAAACUGAAGAGACUGUUUCUGAGACGUUCCAAUACUAGCAGAGGCUCCUCUCUAGUUGCGUGUGCAUGUGUGUGCACAUGUGCAUGCAUAUUUUAUUUCUACCUGCCUUCCAUCCUCCCUCCCUAUGUCCUCCAGAUAUCUUCCUUGUGAAAAUCAUUUCCCAGGCAGCAGCAUACCCCUGAGAAAGCAGAGGAUUUGUGUAAUGCAAGUUUAGUUACACUGGGAAACCCACAUCCACAAGAAUAUCUAAAAUUAAAAGGACCGAUGAUACCAAUUGUUGAUGAGAAUGUGGAGAAACUGGAAUGGCAGUUGUCAUGGUAUAAGUUGGCACAAUCAAUUUGGAAAACUGUUUGAUGCUAUGUAUUAAAACUAAACACAUCUAUAUCCAAAGACCCAGCAAUUCCACUGCUGGGUAUAUAUACCCAAGACAUAUAUAUAGUCAGGUAUAUUCAUAGCAGAAUAGUGAAAAACUGGAAACAAUCUAGAUGUCCAUCCAUAAGAAAAUGCAUAAAUAAAUUGUGGUAUAUUUAUACAGUGGAAUACUACCCCAAAACAAAAAAGAAUGAAGUACUGUUAUACAUAACAUGGGUGAGUCUUGCAAGCAUAAUGUUAAGAGAAAGAAGCCAGAGUAUAAAAAAGAAUAUAAAUGCUUAAUUCCAUUUAUAUAAAGUUCAAAAACAGGCAGAACUAAUCUAUGGUGAUACAGGUAAGAAUGGUGGUUUGGGUGGUGGGUGGGGUGGAUAUUGACUGGAAGGGAACUCAAGGAAACCUGUUGAGGUGCUGAAAAUGUCCUAUAUUAUUAUUUGGGUGGCGGAUACAUCCUGGGUGUGUACAUAUGUAA